GAAGUACUAGCUGCACGCUCCCCUGCACACAGUGCAAUUGCGCGGAAAAGGGCAUAUCGCUGUCAAAAACUCGUGCACACACACACACCUGAGCGAACAGACGCACCGGACCAAGCGAGAUCGACUGCAAACGAAAAAGGGCAAGCGCGUGCGAAAGAAAGGGAGCGAGCACAGACCGACGACGACCUGCCCGAGCAGCAGCAGCAGUAGUAGUAGUCGCACCAGCACCACCAGCAGCACCAGCAGCAGCAGCAGUGAGCAAACUAAAAUUCUGUUUCUAUUGUUUCUUGCCCCCGGCUGCUGUGGUUGUGCGUUGGACAGUGUCGUGCCUGGUGGCCCCCACAGAACACUAACACUGUGUACGUGUGUGUGUGUGUGCGGCGUUGUGCUGUGCUGUGCUGUUUUGUGCCAGAGAGAAGGGGUUUGACAAAAGUGCAGCAACAAACCCCGGGUACGACCGAGCAGUGGUUUAGCAAAGUGUGUGAGAAUCGAUGCUCAAUGCCGAAAAAGAACUCCCCGCGGAAUGCAGCAGCUGCAGCAGCAGUAAUAUCAACGCCACCUUCGAUCGGGCAGGAAGAUUGAGGUGUGCGAAAAGAAAAUAAAUCGUUUGUGUUCGUGCGUGUGUCUGUGUGUUGGUGUGAGCGCGUGUCUCUAGCGUGGGACGGCAUGGUGGUACGGCAACCGUAAUCGAAAAUUGCACGGAACAUCAUUUCCCACCCAUCAUUAUCGUAGCCAUCAUCAUCAUCAUCAUCUGCACCUCGUUCGGAGUCACCCACGCGCCAUCAUUGGCGCACGUGCUGCUGCUGCUCCUGUGCCGCCACCGUGAGCUCGGAAAAAGCAUGAGCGGAAAUCGCUGAUUUGUGGCGUAUGUGGGUGUGUGUGUGUGUGUAUGUGUGUGGAAAACAUCACUCGCUAAAGUCAUUCCCUUUCGGAAGGCAUCAAAACACACGGGUCGGCAGUGUUUGUAAUUGAGUUUAGUGAAGCAGGCAAAUCGGUGGUGUCUGUGUGUGUGUGUUGUGUGUGCGUGUGUGCGUGUAGCAAAUUUGUGUGGCCUGCGUUUUCCUACCGUGGAGGUGUUAAGCUCGAUGCUGCUUUUCAGGCGCACAAUCCGCAGCGGCAACAGCAUCGAUAUCAUCACACAUCGUAACGCCGGUUCAAGAUAAAAACCAUCCCCAUCGGUGGUCGACGGCGUUCCAGCGUUCCGACUUACGGGUUACGGUUCGGCACCGGCCACAAGCCGAAGAGAUCAAUCUCUGAACAGCAGCAGCUGCUGCUGACCAGCCUCAGACCCGCGCAGACGAAGGCAGCAUGACGAAGAAGUUCGAGUUCAACUGGCAGAUCCCGGUGCCGGAACCGCUCCUUACCGGAUGCGUGUUCGACCGGUGGACGGAGGAGAAGGACAACAACGAGCUGGAACCGAACUGCAUGUUCAAGGUGGACGAGUACGGGUUUUUCAUCUACUGGAAAAGCGAAGGACGGGAAGGUGACGUUAUUGAAUUAUGUCAAGUCAGCGAUAUCCGAGCGGGCGGAAUGCCAAAGGACAUGAAGCUGUACAAUCAACUGUGCAACAAGCACGGCGAAAAUGUGGAGGAAAAAUCUCUCACCAUCUGCUCGGGCACGGACUACAUCAACAUCAACUAUCAGCAUGUCGUCUGUCCGGACGCUGCAACGGCGAAGCUCUGGCAGCAAGGUCUUCGCGACAUUACACACAACAUCAAAAUGAACAACGUAUGCGUAUGGACCAACUUGAUGAAGCAUUGGAUGAGGUUGGGCUUUCUAGUGGAUCCGCGCGGAAAAGUGCCUGUCAAGGUGGUUGCCCGAACGUUCGCCUCCGGCAAGACGGAAAAGCUGGUAUAUCAGAUACUCUCCGAUCUGGGGCUGCCGAGCGGCAAGAACGAUGUGAUCGAGAAGGCGGACUUUACGUUCGAAAAGUUCUACGAGCUGUACCACAAGAUCUGUCCCCGCAAUGACAUCGAAGAGCUGUUCCGGUCGAUCACGCAAGGUAAAGCGAACGCCAUCAAUCUGGAUCAGUUCAUCAACUUUCUCAACGAGAAGCAGCGCGAUCCCCGGCUAAACGAGAUCCUCUACCCGCUGUACGAUGAGAAGCGUGCGCUGGAAAUCAUCACCACGUACGAGCAGAACGAUGAAGCGCGGGAAGCGAAAACCCUCACCAAAGACGGCCUGAUCCGGUACCUCAUGUCGGACGAGAAUGCGCCCGUGUUUCUCGACCGGCUCGACAUCUACAUGGACAUGGAUCAGCCGCUGUCCCACUACUACAUCAACUCGUCCCACAACACGUACCUGUCCGGGCGGCAGUUCGGGGGCAAGAGCUCGGUCGAGAUGUACCGCCAGACGCUGCUGGCCGGCUGUCGGUGCGUCGAGCUGGACUGCUGGGACGGCAAGGGCGAGGACGAGGAGCCGAUCAUCACGCACGGCAUGGCGAUGUGCACGGACAUACUGUUCAAGGAUGUGAUUUACGCGCUGCGCGACACCGCCUUCGUCACCUCCGACUAUCCGGUGAUACUGUCGUUCGAGAACCACUGCUGCAAAUCGCAACAGUACAAGCUGGCGAAGUACUGUGACGAAAUUUUGGGCGACCUGCUGCUGAAGGAACCGAUCCCGGACUAUCCGCUCGAGCCGGGGGCCGUGCUGCCGCCCCCGUCCCUGCUGAAGCGCAAGAUACUGAUCAAGAACAAGCGGCUCAAGCCGGAGGUGGAGAAGAAGGAGCUGGAGCUGUUCCUGCAGGGCGAGUUCGUGAUCGAGGACGAGGUGAAGGAGGACGCGAGCGCGGUCGACGUGACGAAGAUAGCGGAGCUGGAGGCGCCGGCGGCGGCGGCGGCAGUGGUGCCGGUGGCGGCGGCCGCCGCCUCGCAGGACGGUGGCGAGGAGGCGCCCCCGGUACAGUACACCGGCUCGACGACGAACGUGCACCCGUGGCUGUCGUCGAUGGUGAACUACGCGCAGCCGGUCAAGUUCCAGUCGUUCGACUACGCGGACAAGAAGAACGUGCACCACAACAUGUCGUCGUUCGCGGAGACGACCGGCAUGAACCUGCUCAAGUCGCAGGCGAUCGAGUUCGUCAACUACAACAAGCGGCAGAUGUCGCGCAUCUACCCGAAGGGUACGCGGGCCGACUCGUCCAACUACAUGCCGCAGGUGUUCUGGAACGCGGGCUGCCAGAUGGUGUCGCUCAACUUCCAAACGUCCGAUCUGCCGAUGCAGCUGAACCAGGGCAAGUUCGAGUACAACGGCAACUGUGGCUACCUGCUGAAGCCGGACUUUAUGCGCCGGGCGGACCGCAGCUUCGACCCGUUCGCGGACGCACCGGUGGACGGUGUGAUUGCGGCGUCCUGCGCGGUGCAGGUCAUUGCCGGCCAGUUCCUUUCCGACAAGAAGGUGGGCACGUACGUGGAGGUGGACAUGUACGGGUUGCCGUCGGACACGGUGCGCAAGGAGUUCCGGACGCGCAUGGUACCGGCGAACGGGCUCAAUCCGGUGUACAACGAGGAACCGUUCCUGUUCCGCAAGGUGGUGCUGCCCGAUCUGGCCGUGCUGCGGUUCGGCGUGUACGACGAGAACGGCAAGCUGCUCGGGCAGCGCAUCCUGCCGCUGGACGGGCUGCAGGGCGGCUACCGGCACAUCUCGCUCCGCACGGAGGCCAACUUCCCGAUGUCGCUCCCGAUGCUGUUCUGUAACAUCGAGCUGAAGAUCUACGUGCCGGACGGGUUCGAGGACUUUAUGGACGCGCUGUCGGAUCCGCGCGCGUUCAUGGGCGCGGCCAAGGAGCGCUCCGACAACAUGAAAGCGAUGGGCAUCGAGGAGACGGGCAAGAAGGACAAGGAGGAGGCGGCGCGGAAGGAGGAGCAGCGCGUCACCGAGCCGCCGCUCGUGUUCGACCCGAUCACGGUGGACUCGCUGCGGCAGGAGAAGGGCUUCCAGAAGACGGCCAAAAAGCAGCAGAAGGAGCUGGACGCGGUGAAGAAGAAGCACGCGAAGGAGCGGGCCGGCGUGCAGAAGCAGCAGAACGCGGCGAUCGAGCGGCUGGUGAAGGGCAAGAGCAAGGAGGAAAUCAAGGCGGACCCGGCGGUGCGCAAGCUGAUCCAGGAGCAGAACGCCCAGUGGACGGAGAUGGCCGAGCGGCACAAGAAGGAGGAGUGGGAGCUGCUGAAGCAGCAGCUGGCCGACCAGCAGGACAUACUGCGCAAGCUGAUGGAGACGACGCAGGCCGCCCAGAUGAAGCAGCUCGAGGCGAAGCACGAGCGCGAGAUCAAGGAGCUGAACAGCCGCCAGGCGAAAAUCUCGGUCGAAACGUCGAAGGAGGUCGCCAACGACAAAACGCUCAAGACGAAGGGCGAAAAGGACCGGCGGCUGCGCGAGAAGAAGCAGAACAACAUUAAGCGCUUCAUGGACGAGAAAAAGACUGCCACCAUCAAGCAGAACCGGGAAAAGGAAAAGCUGAAAGUGACCCACGACAAGCAGCUGGAGGAGCUGGCGAACGAUGUGCAAAAGCUGUCGGCUAACGGCUGUAGGCUUAUUAGUAGUGGCAGUAGUAGUAGCACUAGCAUCAAUGUCGAACAAAAGUCCACCAGCGGCAGCAGCGGCGGCAGCACCACCACCACGAGCGCACCACCGGUACCGUUUCGCAGCUUCUCCACCAUUCCCCCGCCGUCCGCGCAACAUCUGAUCCGGCUGAACACGAUCGAGGAGGCGCGCAAGCGCGAAGAAGCGAAACAGUCCGCCUGUCCCUGCAUUUGCUCGUGAGCCCGUGGCGUAGGCGAUAACACACGGCAAAGGAGGAUGGAGAAGCGUUUCAAGGGAUGCCGUGGCAUCCUUUUGCUGGAAAAGACUGGAGCUUUUGGUGAAUGGAGGAGGAAAUAGGCCCUUCACCCAGGCAUUCGAUCUCUACGAUCGGCAUGUGUGUGUGUGUGUGUGUGCGUGUGUCUGUGUGGUGUAGUGCGGACAUGCAGUUGCGCCGACAGCUUUCCGUUAUUAUGCCAAACGCAAAAGUAUUAUUUUGUCAAUCUCAUCGAAAUGUACAAAGUGGACGAGGAGGAAUACAAGCUGGCAUCGAAGUACGAAUUUUUCGCCUAAACGUGUCGAAGCUGCAUGACCUCUGCACCACCUCUCGACCAGCACCAGGAGGGUCCUGGAGGGUGGAGACUACACCAAGAAGGGGAAGAGGAAGUGGAUGAGAUGGAGAAAAGGAGCAGAUGGCAUACACAAGUCUCAAGUAGCAACAACACAGUUACUCCAAAGUCAGCCUAAAAGCUAUAACUACUCCCCCCCCCCCUCCCGGUGCAUUCUCCCCCGCUUAUCCAGAGGACAUCGGCAGGGGGUCGGAAGCGCUGCUAAAAGGAGUCAACUACAGUAUGGGAUUAGCAGCACAUAUGCCACACACCACAGACACAACACACGAAUAGUAGUUAUACACCUAUAUACCUUAGAGAGAGAGAGAGAGAGAGAGAGAGAGAGAGAGAGAGAGAGAGAGAGAGAGAGAGAGAGAGAGAGAAAGAAAGAGAGAGAGAAAGAGAGAAAGAGAGAGAGAGAGAAAGAGAGAGAAACACAUAGACAUAGCAGGUCGUAUUUAUUAAAUGAGCGGGAACAAGCAACCAAGAGCACCGUGAGGGCAGAGGCGUCUCCAUUGCUUCCUGCAUAUCACUCACUGGCGCGGAGUCCGUUUGUGUUUAGUUGAGCUUUUCCAUUAUAUUGUACCGUUCACUUCGCGCUGUUUUUUGUUUUGUUUUUAGUUGUUUUAAAAAGAACAAAAAAACAUUGCUAUUUCUUUCUGUCGAAUCGCCAUCGCGCCGCCGUCGUCGUCGUGUUUUGAUAAUGGUUUAGUAUUAUAGGUUUAAAUGUAGCAUUCUGAUUAAUUUUAUCCAUGUCGUCAAUUUGGGGUGGUAAAGGCGGCGGCGAGUCCGUUUUGUAAGCUCUUUGCUCUGUUGCGUGCACCGAUUGGUUUCGUUCGAUAUCUUGCCGGUUUUUGUUUAAAUUAACGAUAAUAGCGCACCUGCUACUUCUUCUUCUUCUUUUUGGUUGCAGUAUAGAGCAGAGUCAGCGAAAGCAACGCAACGUAAUAAACCCCAUGUCUCACCAAUAGCAAUGUUUACUAAACACACCGUUUAAAUAUAUUUAAAAAAAAAAGCUGUUGUGCGCGGUGUUGUGCGUUUUAUAAUAAUAAAUAAUUUAACAAAAAAAAACAAAGCGAUUAUUAUGGUGGUCCAAACAACAACAACAACAA